GCCAAUAGAUCUCGGAAUCGGUGGUACAGAAGAUCAGUCAAACGCAACACCACAGCAAUGAUAGCCAACCGAUUCAAAGACCUCCUCCGCAGUCAUCACAACCUGUGCCACAAUCGCAACAACAACAGCAAAGUCCUCCUCAGAGGCGAGAAUUAUCUCGAUCACCUCUUCGUUGGCUCGCAGUCUUCGCGCGAAGAACACGAGCGUGAGAUCCGACGUCUGGAGCAGUCGUGGAAGACUCAGAUCCAGGAGCUCCAGAAGCAGAACCGACAGCUGUGGUCGACGGCCAACGAGAACCUGUCGACCAAUAUAUCGGACGUCGAGAAGAAUCUCGUGAAACAAAAAUGUGAUCCUAUUUGUAGACAACACGAGCGAUUAGUGGUCGACUGUUAUCACUCGAAUAGAUCCCAACCCUUAAAGUGUUCCAAAGAAGUGAAGGCUUUCGUGGAUUGUGUACAUCAGGUCCGGCGAAGUGUUCUCAACAGAAAUGGUUAAUGAGUUUAGUUUAGAAGACAAUUGUUUUUUUGUUUUUUAUAGUCUUUGGCUCCGAUUAUCUCAUAGUCUCUCAUGUUUUGUGACAGACUUUUGAUUGAGUUUUGAAAUUAAGCCCAAAUUUAGAG